CCUCUACCUCUCUCCCCUCGCCGUGCAGAGCUCAAUCCACCCGAGAGUAUACUGCUGCUGCUGCCGCUCCUCUGCCUACCUGCUAGUUGGGGCGCUUGCUACCACCCUCCUGUCCGGCGAUUCCAGUUGGAGGAGUAGCCUGUAGUCUCUUCUCUUCAAUGCGAGGAGAAGGCAUCGGCGGUGGGAGGAGCAGUGGUCGUCCUUGCUGAAGUUUCGUCAAGCUCGGUCCCCGUCGCUGUCCUCGAAAGCGAACUUCUUGGCGACCAGCAGCAAGGAAGCGGAGGAGAGGAGGGAUAUAAUGGCCACCACGGAAGGCGGCGGCGGCGGCGGCGGAGGAGGAGCAGCAGAGAGGGCGGAGGAUCCUCUCCCUGGCUCCGGCGAGGAAGUGCAAGCUGUGGCCCAGGAAGAGAGCAGGAGAAGCUCCGGUGAAACUGCCGAUGCGGGCUGCGGCAACAGCGGGUUGGUAGCUGAUGCCGCUGUGCCGAGCGAAGAUCCAAGUGAGGGGCACAGCAGUGAGAGCAGCAGUAGCCAGUGCGCUGGUUCUGAUGGAGAUGACAAAGAGGUGCCUGAAAUGUACUCCAAGAGCGGCGGCAACGACGAAAACAGCGAGUGCACCGACCAGAGCUCUCCCCGCGCGGUGCUGGACAUAUCGGUGUCCGGCAGCGUGGACUCCGACGAGAGCUCCUCUGUCGAGCAGCCGGCGGUGCCCAGCCGCAGCGUGCAGCCGCUGCAGUGGAGGAACCUGAUCAGCGGGCUAAUACUCAGCAGGAAGAAGCUGAUGGCCAGAGCGGUGACGUUCCCUCAGCGGUCCAAGAGCACGGGGCUUAAAAGGUACCUGGGGAGGAUGCGGAGCGGCAAGAACCAGAUGGACUGCAGCGCCAUCGCCCCGGAGAUCUUCCCCGAGAUCGAGAAGUGGAGGCCAUCAUGGAGGAGCUUUGACUACGAUGAGCUCUGCGCUGCAACUGACAGAUUCAGUUCAGAUAAUUUGAUCGGAAAGGGAGGGCACGCUGAGGUGUACAAAGGACAGCUUGCUGAUGGACAGUUUGUGGCGGUGAAGAGGUUAACAAAAGGCGGCAACAAGGAGGACAGGAUCAGCGAUUUCCUGUCCGAGCUUGGAAUAAUAGCGCACGUCAACCACCUAAACGCGGCACAGCUCUUGGGGUUCAGUGUGGAAGGGGGCUUGCACCUGGUUCUUCAGUUCUCACCACAUGGAAGCUUGGCUUCUCUUCUCCAUGGUGCAAAGGGAGGCCUCAGGUGGAAGGCCCGGUUCAAUAUCGCACUUGGAAUUGCUGAAGGGCUAUUUUAUCUACACGAAGGCUGCCACCGGCACAUAAUUCACAGGGACAUCAAGGCUUCAAAUAUUCUUUUAACUGAAGAUUAUCAACCUCAAAUCUCAGAUUUUGGCCUUGCGAAGUGGCUUCCUGACAAAUGCACCCAUCAGGUUGUAUUCCCCAUUGAAGGCACAUUCGGUUAUAUGGCCCCAGAGUACUUCAUGCAUGGGAUCAUAAAUGAGAAGACAGACGUGUUUGCAUACGGAGUAUUGCUUCUUGAAUUAGUGACAGGGCGGAAAGCCGUGGACUCUUCGAGACAAAGCCUGGUGAUAUGGGCGAAACCGCUGCUCGAGUCAAACAACAUGAAGGGGCUGGUGGAUCCUUCUCUUGAUGUUGGAUAUGACCCAGAAGAGAUGGCACUCACCCUGGCAGUGGCAUCCAUGUGCAUCCACCACAGCGCAAACUUGCGGCCUAGCAUGAAAUCGGUGGUCCGUUUCAUGAAGGGGGAUAGGGAAUCACUCGAACUGAUGGGAAAGCCUAAACCCACAAAGCCCCCAAUGUUCGACUCCUGUGAUUCAGAGGACUACACUCGUACGAGUUACCUCAAUGAUCUGGACAAGCACAAGCAGCUUGCGUUGGAGCAGUGAAUUUUUUAGCCGACUUUGGACAGAUUCGGCAUCUUUUUGUACAUCGUGACUAUCUUCGUUGUGAUCCUCCCGCUUUCCAGAGAUGUUUAUAGAUUGUAUGGAUAGAUGUGAGGGAUCAAUCUGUCGUUUGCCUCCCUGCUUGCUGAUCUAAGGUGUCAUUUCUUGGCUUCCAAUGGUCACUGUAUGUUGUGAUUCUGUGACCUGUAUGGCCAGGGCCAGUGAUGUUGGCUGUAUGCCUGUAUGUCACAAUUCCUCAUAUGGGAACAUGCUUAGAGAUAGAAGAGUGGAAUGUAUUUCGGUCAUCUGCAGGGUUUAUUCAUGUGUCCUUGUUAUGACCUUC